AUGCUGCCCAGUGGCAGUGAGAUUCGGGCUCGGGUGCAGCAGUUUGUGGAGGAGAGGAUGCACACCACCAUGGUGACGGGCGUGCUGAUCGGGGCAGCUGUGGCCGUGUCCCUGAUCGGCAUCAUCGUGCUGUUCCUCUACAGGAGAUACAAGCAGGCCAAGGAACAGCAGGCUGGUGUUCCGCGGUAUCGCUUCAGGAAAAGAGAUAAGGUGCUCUUCUAUGGAAGGAAGAUCAUGAGAAAGGUGCAGACGCUGUCCUCCACCCCGGCCUCUAACUCAGUGUCCAGGCAACGCUCGCGGAAGAGAACCAAAGUGCUGUCCAUAGCGCGCAGGAUCUUGCGGAUUCGAAGAGAGCCCCCCACCCUGCAGCCCAAAGAGCCCCCUCCCUCUCUGCUGGAGGCCGACCUGACGGAGUUCGACGUGCAGAACUCUCACCUGCCCUCGGAGGUGUUGUACAUGCUGAAGAACGUCAGGGUCCUGGGGCACUUCGAGAAGCCGCUGUUCCUGGAGCUGUGUCGUCACAUGGUGUUCGUGGAGCUGCAGGAGGGCGAGGGCCUGUUCCGGCCAGGGGACACCGAUGACAGCAUCUACGUGGUCCAGGAUGGCCGUCUGGAACUCUGCAUCCACGAAAGCGACGGCACAGAGGCGGUGGUGAAGGACGUCCUGCCAGGUGAUAGUGUCCACAGUCUGCUCAGCAUCCUGGACGUUAUCACCGGUUACUCCUCCCCCUAUAAGACUGUGUCAGCAAGGGCUGCCUCCCCAUCCACCAUACUGCGCCUCCCAGCCUCCGCGUUCCAGUCCGUAUUCGAGAAGUACCCCGAGACACUGGUCAGAGUCAUCCAGAUCAUCAUGGUGCGUCUUCAGAGAGUGACCUUCUUGGCCUUGCACAACUACCUGGGCCUCACCACCGAGCUCUUCAACCCGGAGCGGCAGGCGGUGCCCCUGGUCUCAGUGUCCAGCGUGAUCGGUGAAGGCAGUCCUGGGCGGGGCCCGCGUAGGCAGCACUCCCAGUCACUCAACAUCGAUGAAGACCCCGCCUCCACGGAUCGCCCCGGCGACGCAGAUGCUGGAAAGGGCGGAGCCACAGAGAGCCCGUCGGCCAUGUUCAGGAAGGCCCGCUCCCUGUCCACACCCACAGACAGCACAGGAAUGCCUGGAACUGACCUCAACAUGGCAUAUGAGCGAGCCAGGGUCAACAUUGAUGAGACGCCUCCGAGUCCAGUCACUCACAAGUCGAUCCUGAAGAAGAGUGUGACCAUGCAGCCCGCCCCCUCUGCUGUGUUCCAUUACUCGGACCUGGGAUCCCAGGGGGCACAGGGCGGGCACGGGGCGCAUGUCCCCCACACCAAGGUCAGCGCCAUCUUCCAGGCUGCCAAGAAAGACCUGCUGCGACUCAUUCAGCUUCAGAACCCUACCCUGCUGGAGGGUAGGGUUACGCUGCACCAGGUGAAGGCGGGUUCUGAAGUGGCCCGGCAGGGGGAUCAGGACGUGAGCGUGCGGUUUGUGAUCUCAGGGUUGCUGCAUGUGUACCAGCGUAUGAUAGACCGUGAGGAGGACACCCUGCUGUUCCUCACUCACCCGGGGGAGCUGGUGGGGCAGCUGGCCGUGCUGACCGGGGAGCCCCUCAUCUUCAGCGUGCGCGCCCAGAGAGACUGCACCUUCCUCGCCAUCUCCAAAACACACUUCUACGAGAUAAUGCGGGCGGAGCCCUCGGUGGUGCUGAACGUGGCCCACACGGUGGUGCGCAGAGUGUCCUCAUUCGUCAGGCAGAUCGACUUCGCCCUGGACUGGAUGGCUGUGGAGGCCGGCCGCGCCCUGUACAGACAGGGAGAUAAGUCAGACUGCACCUUCAUCGUCCUGAACGGCCGUCUGCGCUCCGUCAUCAUGAAGGAUGAUGGGAAAAAAGAGCUGAUUGGGGAGUAUGGCCGGGGAGACCUCAUUGGAGUGGUGGAGGCCCUGACGCACCAGAACCGAGCCACCACGGUGCACGCGGUGCGGGACUCCGAGCUCGCCAAGCUGCCAGAGGGGGCGCUCAGCUCUAUCAAGAGGAGAUACCCUCAGGUGGUGACACGGCUGAUACACCUUCUUGGUCAGAAGAUCCUGGGAAACCUACAGCAGGUCAAUGGACCUUUAUCAGCUCGUAGCCUGUCCCUGCACUCCCCCGGCAGUAAGUGGGAUUCUGGGAACCCUGCCUCCAACCUGUCUACAGUGGCCAUCCUGCCCGUGUCUGAGGAGGUGCCUCUGACCUCCUUCACCCUGGAGCUGCAGCACGCCCUGAGCGCUAUCGGCCCCACCCUCCUCCUGACCAGUGACAUCAUCAAACAGCGCCUGGGAGCUGCAGCUCUUGACAGUGUGCACGAGUACCGGCUGUCCAGCUGGCUGGGCCAACAGGAGGACAUCCACCGCAUCGUGCUGUACCAGUCCGAUGGCUCGCUCACGCCCUGGACCCAGCGCUGCAUUCGCCAGGCCGACUGCAUCAUCAUCGUGGGACUGGGAGACCAGGAGCCCACUGUGGGGGAGCUGGAGCGCAUGCUGGAGAGCAGUGCGGUGCGGGCCCAGAAGCAGCUGGUGCUGCUGCACCGCGAGGACGGGCCGCCCCCCCGGGGCACGGUGGACUGGCUCAACAUGCGCAGCUGGAUCUCCCGUCACCUGCACCUGUCCUGCCCCCGCAGGGUCUUCAGCAAGAGGAGCCUGCCCAAGCUGAGGGAGAUGUACCAGCGGGUUUUCCAGAAGCCCCCGGACCGCCACUCGGACUUCUCACGCCUGGCCAGGAUCCUGACGGGCAACGCCAUCGCCUUGGUGCUGGGGGGAGGGGGAGCCAGGGGCUGCUCUCAGGUGGGGGUGAUCCGGGCUCUGAGCGAGGCCGGGAUCCCUGUCGACCUGGUGGGCGGCACUUCCAUCGGCUCCCUCAUGGGGGCGCUGUACGCAGAGGAUAGGAGCUGGAGUCGCAUGAGGGUCCGGGCUCGGGAGUGGGCCAUGGAAAUGACGUCGGUGUUCAAGAAGGUGCUGGACCUGACCUACCCCAUCACCUCCAUGUUCUCGGGGGCGGCCUUCAACUCCGGCAUCAGCGCCGUUUUUAAGGGCAGGCAGAUCGAGGACCUGUGGAUCCCCUAUUUCAACAUCACCACUGACAUCACUGCCUCCACCAUGCGAGUGCACACAGAUGGCUCUCUUUGGAGGUAUGUCCGUGCCAGCAUGUCCCUCUCAGGGUACCUGCCCCCUCUCUGUGACCCCAAAGAUGGACAUCUGCUCAUGGAUGGUGGCUAUAUAAACAACCUCCCAGCGGAUGUGGCACGUUCCAUGGGAGCUAAGGUGGUGAUUGCCAUUGACGUGGGUAGCCUGGACGAGACACACCUCACAAACUACGGCGACUCGCUGUCGGGCUGGUGGCUGCUAUGGAAACGCUUCAACCCCCUGGCCGAGAGGGUGAAGGUGCUGAACAUGGCGGAGAUCCAGACGCGGCUGGCCUACGUGUGCUGUGUUCGGCAGCUAGAGUCGGUGAAGAGCAGCGAGUACUGCGAGUACAUCCGGCCGCCCAUCGACCGCUACGGCACGCUGGAGUUUGGCAAGUUCGACGAAAUCGCUGAGGUGGGCUACCAGCAUGGGAAGACUGUGUUUGACGUGUGGAGCCGCAGCGGGGUGGUGGACAAGAUGCUGAAGGACCGACACCAGGAGGAGUUCCACAAGACCAAGUGCAACAAUGUGGUGACGUGUCCCAACGCCUCCUUCACAGACCUGGCAGAGAUCGUGUCCCGGAUUGAGCCGGUCAAACAGGCACUCAUGAAGGAGGAGUCUGACUACCAGACAGAUUAUGAUGAGGAGGCUGUGGAGAGCGCUCUGUCUGACUUUGAGCUGUCCAAUCAGAACAGUGAACACACCGAGGGGGAGGAGACUGUUGACACGGAUGAAGAAAUGGAAAUGAGAUUCAGGCCUCAAAGAGGCCACGCCCCCAACGGUGUCAGCCCGUGACCUCCGGAGGGGGGUGGGUUGUCAUAAUAAUGCCACUCAGGUCUAUUUUCAAAACCUGCCCUGACAUUUCCCAUCAAUAUUUUAAUGAAAAAUAAUGUUGUUUUUUAAUUAUUUUUAGAAUAGACAUUUGGUAGCAUUAGAAGAAUGUAUUUGAUCUGACAUUUGAAGGAGCUUUUGAAUGGGCUGUACCAUUCUGCCAAAACUGAAGGAUUUCUUGACCCCUUUUUUUACUGGGAAAUGAGGACAGGUUUUGAAAACUGAGGAGCCUUACCAGGACCCAUGACACCUCAGCCUUCAUCAGAGGUGCUGGAUAGGGGACAGAACUGUGAACUAAACCCUGAGCCAAAAUUUACACUACCAGCUGACUGACGCACAUAUGCAUGCACAGAGACAACACACACAUACAUAUGCCCACACACCACACAUACACA